GUAAAGUUCUUUGUGAAACCUGUAAAAAGAAAUGUGUUGGAAGCGUUUUAAAAGUCCAAAACGAGUAUUUUCACGUGGAAUGCUUCAAGUGUGUGGUGUGUUCAUCAUCGUUAGCUCACGGAGGAUUCUUUUUCAAAGAAGGAUCAUAUUAUUGCACUGCAGAUUAUCAAAGAAUGUUUGGAACAAAAUGUGCUGCUUGCAAUAAUUUUGUAGAAGUAGAAGUUGUUACGGCGUUAGGAAGCACAUACCAUCAAAAAUUCUUUAUUUGUGCCAGAUGCCAUCAGCCAUUUCCACCUGGAGAAAAAGUUACGUUUACUGGUAAAGAACGUAUUUGCAUUAGAUGUAUACAAAUUCCUGUUAUUACUUCUCAGGCGGUAGAAUCCCCUAUAAAUACCAUACGAA